AUGUUGGAGGCCGGAAGCGUGACGAAGAAGAACGAGGUGAACAUCCUGAUGAAGAACGUUGUGGACUUGAUCUUCGGAGGGAUCACCUAUUGGGCCUUCGGGUUCGGUCUCCAAUAUGGGUCUGAUCAUGGGACGAAUCCCGUCUUCGGGGUCGGCAAUUUCCUGUUGAAUGAGGACGGACAGGAUGAAAUGGGCUUCGUUUACGCCAAGUUCAUCUUUCAGAUGUCAUUUGCGACGACGGCGACGACUAUUGUGUCCGGAGCGAUGGCCGAAAGGACCAAGUUCAGUGCAUUCUGUCUCUACUGUUUCCUUAUCAUCAUCACCUACAGCGUCCCUGCAGGAUGGGUGUGGGGCGAUCAUGGAUUCUUGAGGGCGAUGGGGUUCGUGGAUUUCGCUUGGUCGAGUGUCGUUCACCUUCUCGGUGGGGUCGCUGCACUCGUCUCUACUCUCUUGCUCAAGCCGCGAAUUCAUAGGUGGGGUUGGGUUGGGUUCAACUGCGGUUCCACAUUCGGAAUCAGAGGGGAGAAGUGGCAUUACGCGGGCCGAGCAGCCAUCUCCACAGUGAAUGCCUCCAUCGGCGGUGGAAUCGCAGGACUCAUUUACACGUACAUUCGGAAGAAAGGGAUUGUGGACUUGGAGGAUGUGAUCAAUGCCAUCUUAGGCUCCGUUGUCGCCGUCACUGCUGGCUGCGCUUUCUACGAGCCUUGGGAGUCGCUAACGGUGGGUUUCCUGAGUGGCAUGGCGGUUGUCCUAUUUUUCCCCCUCUACGACGUGCUUCGAAUCGACGAUCCUGUCGGAUCCUUCGCCGUCCACGGAAUCGGUGGACUGUCUGGGACGUUGUGCGUCGGGAUUUUCAUAAAACGGGACACUCUCUUGAAGUUGGUUAAAUACAAUGGACUCAUUCACGGCGGGGGGUUUUAUCUGCUCGGGAUUCAGGCUCUGGGUGUCCUCAGCAUUACUGUCUGGAGCGCAGUCACCACCUUCAUCUUCCUGAAGGCGGUGAAUCUGGUGAUUCCGAUCCGGAUGAAGCCUUACGAAGAAAUUCUGGGUGCGGACUUCGUGGAGCACAACAUCCGACACGUGGGGAUCGACUACGACGGGAUCAUGAAGGCAUUGGAAUCACGGGGACAUGUCAUCAAAGAGCCUUGGUGCCACUCCAUCCAUCCCGAACUUCAGCAUCAGGCGGAAAUGAAGAAAUGGUUCGUGAACCUGAAGACGACAGGGCGGAUCUCCUCCGCGACGGGGGAGGUGAAACCCUCCGGCGGGAGCAAUAGAGAGGAAUGGAAGGAUGAGAUGGGGAAAUUCUACGACGCGGAAUGGAGUGUCCUUCGCAUUGAGCGUCCAGAAUUGUCGAUAACAGCGAUAGUAAUAACGACUGUCACGGGCAUAGCCUUAGGACCUUCCCCAGUGUAUCGACAGACGCCGACUGCUUCUUCGGCGUCUUCCGAAAUGGCCCCCAAAACGUCGGAGAAAUAUCGGUUCGCUGGCGGCACAGUCGGCGGGAGCUACGAAGUCCCGCCAAUCAAGGACGACCUUCGCGUUGGGAUGCUGGAGGCCGGAAUUGUGACAAAGAAGAAAGAGGUGAACAUCCUGAUGAAGGAUGUCGCGAACUUGAUCUUCGGAGGGAUCACCUACUGGCCCUUUGGGUUCGGUCUCCAGUCCGAAUCUGGGUCUGGAACGAAUCCCGUCUUCGUGGGUUUCCUCUCGGAUGGAGAUGGACGUGGAGAUAUGGGUUUCGUCUUUGCCAAGUUCAUUUUUCGGGACCUUCUCCCCUACAUUCACAAGUAG